CAGCUGAAGCCGUCACAAAUAACAUGUUGAAUAUUGCGCGGACCACAGAACUUUCUCUUCCGCUUUAAUGUGCAUCCGAUCCUCACACCUUCUAGUGUGCUAGCAGUGUCGGCUGAGUACGCGCAGCAGGACGCCCAUCACAGCCUCCUCAACGCCAUCGACGCCCAGACGAAGACGCACCAGAUCUCCGUCGGCAACUGCAAGUAGCGCGCGGACGCGAUGACUGCAACUGAGCUCAACCGCAUAAUAUGGCAGAUUGCGCUAUCUGCAGCGGCUGCUGCCAUGAGCGUUUUUAUGUUCAAGCUCGUGAAGAUGCGCACGAUCUUCUACAAGCUGAAGAAGCAAGGACUGCCCAUGCCGCCGUGGGACUUCGCAGCCGGUAACCUCAAAGUGCUACCAGGACUCCUUGAAAAGUUUCCCAAAGGCUCCCAACAAUCUGAUGUAUUCACCCUGCUAUCUAACGACUUCACGGACUCGGACAACUGCUUUUACGUCGAUCUAUGGCCUUUUAGCAGUCCGCUCCUCGUAGUCACCUCGCCAGAUCUAGCGAUACAAGCAUGUCAAGAGCAUGAUCUUCCAAAGCCUCCGGUUCUCAUACCGUUCUUUGCACCCUUUGCGGGUGGGCCUAAUCUGUUUGAUAUGAACGGCGCGGAGUGGAAGCGCUCGAGGGCGCUCUUUAACCCGGGCUUUAGUGACAGGGUAAUGCUUGGGAGCAUACCGCACAUCAUCGAGGAAGCCGAAGUCUACGUGAAGCUACUGCGAGAGCACGCGAAGAAAGGGGAUACGUUCUCGCUGGACAGAUUGACGUGCGACUACAUGAUGGACGUAAUCGGUGCCAUCACCAUCAAUACUCGCCUUCACUCCAUGACUAGCCACAAUGCGCUUGCAGCCGCCAUGCGAAGCUCUAUCGAAUGGCAUUGCCAGGAUGAAGAGUUGAACCCUUUCAUACGCUGGAACCCUAUGCGACCCUUGAUCGAAUGGUGGAACGGCAAAACCAUGAAUCGAUACAUCGGCAUCGAGCUGGACAAGCAAUAUGAAGACUGGAAGACCCAUGAGCCAUCUAAUCGUGCAAGUUCCGUCAUGGACAUUGCGAUAGCAGCGUACAUGACCGAGCGCAAGGCUGCGGCGAAGCUUGAUGCCGACUUCAAGAAGUGGGCGACUAUCCAGAUCCGCCUGUUCUUGUUCGCCGGGCACGACUCGACCGCUGCAACGAUUGUUUACAGUCUAUAUCUGCUGUCCAAGCACCCAGAUGCUUUGGCCAAGGUUCGUGCAGAGCUCGAUGAGGUAUUUGGGUACGGCAUCGACACAGCUGCUACCUCACUGAACAUGCAUCCAGAGCGCAUCAAUAAGAUUCCAUACACCACCGCUGUCAUCAAAGAAACCCUGCGACUCUUUCCACCAGCUGCUGGCAUGCGAGGUGGGCUUCCAGGUGUCUUCCUACGUGACAAGAGUGGAAACAAGUACCCUACCGAAGACAUCAACAUCUGGAUCUUACACGGAGCAAUACAGCGGAAUCCAAAAUACUGGCCUGAGCCUCAUGAGUUCCUGCCGGAGCGCUGGCUUGUUGAGCCUGGCCAUCCUCUGUACCCGCCAAAAGGUGGAUGGCGGCCAUUCGAAGCUGGCCCAAGGAACUGCGUUGGCCAAACGCUUGCGAUGCUGGAUAUCAAGAUCACCUUGGCGAUGACAGUCCGCGAAUUCGACGUUCAUGAUCAGUAUGAAGAGUGGGACCGGCUGCAUCCUUCGUCUGGUGUCAAGACGGUCUUUGGGGAGAGAGCGUAUCAGGUACCGCUGGGAGCAGCGCACCCUGUGCACGGUUUUCCUUGCAAAGUCACAGCGCGAGAAUUCUCGAAGAAUUAGUUGGUAUAAGAAAGAAGAGUUGAGAUUGGUGGAAUCGGAUGGACGCAUUAUCAGGCCAGUUGAAUCUUCUUCUUCUGAGGUCCUUCUCACGUCGCUGUGUUGAGAAAUCAUGGAUGAGCUUGAUGUUUGGUUGGGUUUUGGCAAGAAGGUUCCACUCGCCUGGCUUCCCCCGCUUGUGACCUACAUUAUCUACAAUCCCCGACAGUUUGUAACAUAGAGAGCAUCCAAAGGCUGAGACUUGGAGAAACUAUGAUUGACCAGAAUAAGGGCCGAAUCGGUAGAGGCUGAGAUAACAAUUGUUCGGCUAUCUUAGCAAGUGAACUGCGCGCUGCGACAGUUUGAUUGGCUGCUCUGGGUCUCUACACCCCAAUCUGUACUAAACGCCGGAGACCUUCCUAAACUGCGGUAGCGUGGCGCCUAACACGACAUAUGCACCCACUAAGUUACGGAGCGGCCC